AUGUCGCAACGUGAAUAUCACAUCGUUGUCCUGGGCUCAGGUGGAGUUGGGAAGAGCUGUUUGACCGCACAGUUUGUCCAAAAUGUUUGGAUAGAGAGCUACGACCCAACCAUCGAGGACUCGUACCGCAAGGCCAUCAUGGUAGAUGGCCGGCAAGUCAUCUUGGAAAUUUUGGACACUGCUGGAACAGAACAAUUCAGUGAAGAACUCUACAUGAAAACGGGCCAGGGCUUCCUCCUAGUCUUCAGCAUCACCUCCAUGACGUCGCUCCACGAACUCGCCGAAUUACGAGACCAGAUAAUACGCAUAAAAGACGACAUGAGGGUACCGAUCGUGCUCGUGGGCAACAAGUCCGACCUCGAAGAAGACCGCGCCGUGUCGAGGGCGCGCGCGUUCGCCGUGUCACAGAGCUGGGGAGGGUGUCCAUACUACGAGACGAGCGCGAGGCGGCGCGCGAAUGUUGAUGAAGUCUUUACGGAUCUCUGCAGGCAGAUUAUCCUGAAGGAUAUGAAAGACGCGCAAGUGCGAGACUACGACCACAGAGACCGACGCCGAAAUCAAGGAGGCCGAGAUUCAGGCGGAAGAAGCAGCGGGAGACGAACUAGAGACCGUAACUCCAGAGGAGGGAAGAAGAGCGAUAGAUCCUGUACGAUUCUAUAG